UGUAGAAAGCGCGCGAGCCCAGCAAAGGCGACGACACGAAAUUCGCUUUUUCCAUGUCGGCAUGGGGCGCUGUUCGGCGCCCAUAAAUGCUUCCUGAACACCAAUUGGGCGUUAUACUCGCACGCACACGAAAGAAGACACAAUUUGUAUAGAGCCUGCUCUAUAUCCUUUAGAGAGAGUCGGGGGCGCGACAACAUCGAGGUGUCCCCACGAAAGCAGCUUGCCGAGAGGCGCUUGACCGCCAACAUGCUAUCCAUGCUCGGUCGUAAGGGCCAGGCCAUGUGCCUGCGCUCCUCACGCCAGGUCCCCUCGACGAGGGCCUCCAUCGCUCGCCUUUUGGCGCAGACCCCUCGCCCGAAUGUGCGCGCCAACGCGCUGGCCGGCACCGCUCCUGGCACCUCCACCUCUGGCCCCGCUGAGCCUAUUAAGGACCCUAUUCCUUAUGCCAACCUUGUCGUCGGUGUCCCCCGCGAGAACGCCCCCGGCGAGCGCCGCGUCGCGCUGAGCCCCGCCGCCGUGGCCGGCCUGCUGAAGCAGGGCUUCAAGACCAUCGUUGUCGAGAAGGGCGCCGGCGAGUACUCCCAGUUUACGGACGCCGAGUACGCGAGCGCCGGCGCCACGCUGGUGGACAGCACGGAGGCCAUGGGCGCAGACAUCGUGCUGCGCGUGCGGCCGCCCGCGCUGGAGGAGGUCAACAAGAUCAAGGAGGGCGCCGUCCUGGUGUCGUACCUGUACCCCGCCCGCAACAAGGAGCUGGUGGAGGCGCUGGCCAAGCGCCGCGCCACCGCCAUCGGCAUGGACUGCAUCCCGCGCACCAUCUCGCGCGCGCAGAUGUUUGACUCGCUGUCCUCCAUGGCCAACAUCGCCGGAUACCGCGCCGUCACCGAGGCCACCCAGCACUUUGAGCGCUUCCUCAACGGCCAGAUCACCGCCGCCGGCCGCAUCCCGCCCGCCAAGGUCCUUGUCAUCGGCGGCGGCGUGGCCGGCCUGGCGGCAGUGGGGGCUGCCAAGAGCCUGGGCGCCAUCGUGCGUGUGUUUGACACGCGCACGGCGGUGAAGGAGCAGGCCAAGUCCAUGGGCGCCGAGUUCCUCACCGUGGACAUCCAGGAGGAGGGCGAGUCCGGCACCGGCUACUCCAAGGAGAUGUCCCCGGCCUUCAUCGAGGCCGAGAUGAAGCUGUUCGCGGCUCAGGCCAAGGAGGUGGACAUCAUCAUCACCACCGCCCUCAUCCCCGGCAAGGGCGCGCCGCUGCUGAUCACCAAGGACAUGGUGGACAGCAUGAAGCCCGGCUCGGUGAUUGUGGACCUGUCGGCGGAGGCGGGCGGCAACUGCGGCUACACCAAGCCCGGCGAGGUGGUCAAGACGCCCAACCGCGUCACCGUGGUGGGAUACACCGACAUGCCCAGCCGCAUGGCCGGCCAGUCGUCCACCCUGUACGCCAACAACAUCUCCAAGCUGCUGCUGUCCGCCGGCCCCUUCACCGGCGGCCCCAAGGGCCACUUCCGCAUCGACCACGCUGACCCCGUCAUCCGCGGCUCACUGGUGCUGGAGGACGGCGAGCUGCGCUGGCCGCCGCCGCCCGGCGUCAUCCCGCAGGCCAACACCAAGGUCAACGAGACCAAGGACCACAAGAAGGACACCGGCCCGGUGGACCUGUACGAGCCCACCAAGCGCAGCGCGCUGGUGACCACCGGCGCCGUGGCCGCCGCGCUGGCGCUGGGCGCCACCUCGCCCUCGGCCGCCUUCAGCUCCAUGCUCACCAAGUUCGGCCUGGCCUCCAUCUGCGGCUACCAGACGGUGUGGGGCGUGGUGCCGGCGCUGCACUCGCCGCUCAUGUCGGUGACCAACGCCGUGUCGGGCCUGACGGCGGUGGGCGGCAUGGUGCUGGCCGGCGGCGGCCUGCUGCCCGGCAACACCUCGCAGGCGCUGGCGGGCCUGGCGGUGGCGGCCAGCGCCAUCAACAUUGGCGGCGGCUUCACCAUCACGCAGCGCAUGCUGGACAUGUUCAAGCGCCCCACCGACCCGGUGGAGUACAACCAGCUGUACGCGCUGCCCGCCGCCACGCUGGUGGGCGGCUACGUGGCGGCCUCGCUGUUCAUGGGCGGCACCGGCGGCGACCCCGAGGGCGUCACCUCGGCCUCCUACCUGGCCUCCUCGGCGAUGUGCAUCGCCGCCAUCGCCUGCCUGGCCAACCAGUCGUCGGCGCGCACCGGCAACGCGCUGGGCAUGGCGGGCGUGGGCACCGGCAUCGCAACCACCCUGGGCGUCAUGAACGCGCCCGCCGCCGUGUACGCGCAGGUGCUGACCAUGCUCGGCGCCGGCAUUGCCACGGGCCACUACGUGGGCAAGACCAUGAAGAUCACGGAGCUGCCUCAGAUGGUGGCCGCCUUCCACUCGCUGGUAGGCCUGGCGGCGGUGGUCACCUCCAUCGCCAACGUCAUGGCGGCAGACCCCGGACACCUGGACAUGACGCACAAGGUCAUUGCCUACCUGGGCGACUUCAUCGGCGCCGUGACCAUGACCGGCUCCGCCAUUGCCUUUGGCAAGCUGCACGGCGUGCUCAAGUCCGACCCGCUGUCGCUGCCCGGCAAGAACGCCAUCAACCUGGGCCUCUUUGCCGCCAACCUGGCCUGCGGCGCCGCCUUCCUGGCCAGCGACGGCUCCACGGACGCCGGCGUGCUGGCGCUGGUGGCGGCGGGCGUGCUGGCGGGCGUGCAGGGCGCGCACAUGACCGCCUCGAUCGGCGGCGCUGAUAUGCCUGUUGUCAUUACGCUGCUCAACUCGUACUCGGGCUACGCGCUGUGCGCGGAGGGCUUCCUGCUCAACAACGACCUGCUGACGGCGGUGGGCGCGCUGAUCGGCUCCUCGGGCGCCAUCCUGUCGUACAUCAUGUGCACGGCCAUGAACCGCUCGCUGCCCAACGUCAUCCUGGGCGGCUACGGCAUGACCGCCAAGGCGCCCGCCGACGCCGCCGCGGUGGCGGGCACGCACCAAGAGAUUGACGUGGGCGGCGUGGCGGAGGCGCUGACCACCGCCUCCAAGGUCAUCAUCGUGCCCGGCUACGGCAUGGCGGUCGCCAACGCGCAGUACCCCGUGGCCGAGCUGGCCAAGCACCUGACGGACAAGGGCAUCAGCGUCAAGUUCGGCAUCCACCCCGUGGCCGGCCGCAUGCCCGGCCAGCUCAACGUGCUGCUGGCGGAGGCGGGCGUGCCGUACGACGUGGUGUUUGAGAUGGACGAGAUCAACGAGGAGAUCGAGGAGGCGGACGUGUGCCUGGUGAUUGGCGCCAACGACACGGUCAACAGCGCGGCGGUGGAGGACCCCAACAGCGUCAUUGCGGGCAUGCCCGUGAUUGAGGUGUGGCGCUCCAAGCAGGUGUUCUUCAUGAAGCGCACCAUGGGCGCCGGCUACGCUGGUGCUGAAAAUCCCGUUUUCUAUAAGCCCAACACCUUCAUGUUCCUGGGUGACGCCAAGAAGCAGACCGACGCACUGCUGGCGCGCGUCAACGAGACCCUGGGCAUCAAGGCCUAAGCUCGCCGCAACCCUAGCGGCACACCCCGCCUCCCAGGGGCGAGGCAUGUGUGUGCGUAUCGGUAUGAGGAUAGUACAACAGCAGCAGCAUGCAAGUUUUGUUCAUGGAUGGUGACGGGUCGUACAAAACUCUACGGUUUUUCGCUCGUGGAGCGAGGGUAAAGCAAAUCGCAUGGAUGGAUGUGGGCAUGGCAUUUAUGAUGUCAGUUCGGACGAGGCGCCGGCAUUCUUCCCUGCUCCUGGGGCUCCCGCUCCUUCAACACGCGGGACGGGCGCGCAGUUUCGUGUGCGUGCCCUCCCCCGGAAUAACAACACACCGGGCGGCCCGAGGAGCCAGGUGCAGCCGGCGCAGGCCUGAGGGGCGACGGCGGCGGCGGGUCGCAGGCGGCCCCGCUGAGGAGUGCUUGACAACAGUAGGGGCGGGAGGCACAGAGAGGCGCGAGUUCCCAGAGAUUCGAAGGGAUGCGCUCGUGGUCAAGAGGUUGCGCGUGCGUCUUUGUGUUGGGAUCACGGUUGAAGCAAUUGACAGCUCUGGGGUUCUUUCAACAGAAGAAGAAUAACCGAGGUCAGUUGACAUGGACGGAGCUGGCGCCACGGCGCCAGGGGCCUUGCCCUGCCGCAUAUGCUGGCAGGAGGCGGAUGGCCGCGCGGAUGCGUGUGCGCGAAGCGGACAGUGAGCCGUGGCGUGAUGUGGGGAGUGCUGCGGGGAGUGCUGCGGGGGGCGGCCGGGUGCCCUGCCCAAAGUGCACCAAGGUGCAUGUACGGUACACGGAGCGUGGCGGUGUUUCUUGGGUGUGUGUGUGUGUGGACAACAGUAUGCCAAAGACAAAGCGCCUGGGUUUUGUUUGUUGAUAGGGGCGACAAGGACACAGCAUGGCAUCUGGAUGUGGAGUUACAGGAGGAUGGGCAGGCCCCCGGGUGUGGGGUUGCGCGUGGUCCUGCACGGUGCGUGGCGCGGCUUUCGCCUGGACCCGUUUGGAACGGGCGCGGCUUCAGAAUUGGAAGGCGUGGGCCAGGCCGCGCUUUUGAGGUUUGUGUGCAUUCUUUGCAAUACUAGCCCUGAUGCGAAGAUUCGCAAGCGGUGGCUGGAUUGUUCCGUUACGAAAUACAAUUGUGACUUGGGAUUUAGGCGAAGAACGGUACUGCAGGUGAAGAAGGUUCGCACGGUGGAAGAUAUGAACGAAGAUGCUGUUGGCAAGACGUCGUGGCUGAAGGGGGGGUGCAACCGUGCAAGUCCCCUGCACCACGUGCACGCUUGCCGUCACGCACUAUUGUAAAGCAAUUUUUCAAGCGAUUUUGGGAUUUUGGGGCACAACCUGCUGGGGCACAAGCGACCUGCAUCGCUGCAGACUGGCGGCGGCAGCGGUGGCGGCGGCAGCAGCAGUUGCGGCGGCAGCAGCGGCGGCAGCGGCGGCGGCAUCAGCAGCAUUUUAGUAGCGGAGGGGGCGGGAAAGGCCACGUGGAGGAGGAGAGCGCAGCGCCGCCCAAGAAGCGGCGCAAGCGCGCAGGCUGUGGAGCCGGCUGGUGUCUAGGUAGCGGCUGGCAGGGCAUGCGUAGCGGCAUGACAAGUAGUGCGGCUGUUGACAACUGUGCUGUGUCUGGCUAGAUAGGCACCUGGUUUGGCUAUGUGCCCAGUGCUCGUAUCUUCCUUCCUUUCGACAGAAAUUUGCCCAAAAAUGCCUCCGGCGGAAGACAUUCUUGAUUCCUGUGGCCAAAAAUCUGUGAAAACGCUUCAGAUUUUGAAAGGUCUUUCUGAGAAUCGCAGAAGACAUUUUGGGGCGUUUCUGUCACUUGUCCGGGCCCAAGGCAAGGGUGACUGAGGUUCCCCAGGAUAAUCUACGGCCGUGUCCUGCUGGUACCAUGGGGGCGUGGGUACCACGAUAGGUCAGCCUUCUACCAGGGGAGUCAUGCCGUGGGUGAGUGAGCAUUAUGAGCAUGGGUGAGGGCGCUGGGGUUUGGCGUGGGGAUGGGCCACGAUUUGCCAUGGAGCCAUGGAGCCGGUAGUGUUAACUUGGCAACAGCAACCUCACCCCGCACGCUGUAACAAUGGCACAUCCCGUGCGGCGGAAUAUUUUGCUGCGCCGGAGCCGAAACAUGGGCUGGGGGCAACAGCAACCUCACCCCGCACGCUGUAACAAUGGCACAUCCCGUGCGGCGGAAUAUUUUGCUGCGCCGGAGCCGAAACAUAUGGGCUGGGGGCAACAGCAACCUCACCCCGCACGCUGUAACAAUGGCGCAUG